AUGAGUUCAAUCGCGGAUCUCCCCCAAGAAGAGCAGCAACGAAUUCUUGACAGCCCAGCUCUAUUACCCCCAACUGGUGUAGACCCGUCUUUCGAGAAUCCUCCGAAUAACAAUGGUUUAGCCAUUGCCAUCAUCACAGUAACACUCGCUCUAGUAGUCCCUGCUGUAAUGAUCCGUGUUUGGUCUCGUACUAUUCUUUUGCGGAAAGUUAAGGUUGAAGACUUCUUGACCUUGACUGCCUUUGGAACGUACGUGGGCACCAACUUUUACUUGGGUGCAAUAUUGUCGAUUAAAACGGCCAUCCUCCUUGAGUGGCUCCGAAUCUUCGUUCCACUUGGUACUCGGAAUGCUUUCUUUUGGCUUUGUUGGAUUCUUAUAUCGCUCAACGUUUUACCUUACGUCACAUGCGUAUUUCUUGAAAACUUCCAAUGCAGCCCGCUGAAGGCGGUGUGGGACUUCACGGUCGCAGGCCACUGUCUUUCUAGCCAGGCCAAACAACUCCAAAUCCUAACAGCCGCACUUAACCUGGCCUCAGACACUGCCAUAUUAUUACUCCCCCAGAAAGUGGUCUGGUCGUUGAACAUGUCGAAGAAGCAAAAGCUCGGUGCCUCCUUCAUAUUUGCAAUUGGAUUACUUACUUGUGCCCUGGCUAUUAUCCGGGUUAAGGCGACUAUAGACUAUGUAAAUGGACCAGAUAUCACUUAUCUCCUGUCCACCUUGUCGCUUACCAUCCAGGUUGAAAUGAGCUGUCUUCUUUUGGUGAUUUGCAUACCUACAGCGCCGAAAGCCCUCCCAUGGUCGUGCUUUGCGACGAGGAUUAAGAAAAUACUUCAAUCAUGGCGACCUAUGACUACUAGAUCAAAUACGCACACAGAGCUUGCUGAAGACCGCUCACUGUGGCCCAUCCGUAUGGAACCACUCGGUCCCAACGGUCGGCGGCAGCGAUGUUUCGAUGAUCUACCCCGAGGCCGUGGGGGGGAGCCCAAACCGCAGUAUACUACGGACGACUGAACUGACCAGCAUCUCCACUGGAAACCAGGACGAAGUUAGGAUGUUGGCUCAGGAUUUCCGUCGUCAGCAUCCAUGGGUAUCUUGAGUUAGAUGUGAGAGAGGAUUUUACGCGGCGUGAGAAAUGAAAGUGUGACUCGAGGCAACAACGUGGGAGGAUACCGUUUUUUAUCACAUGAGUACUCUGCCUGUAUCUAUAUCAUAUAGUGAAUUUCUUGCGGUCGGAGGAAUUAUAUGAA